ACACACUCCGCUCAACUGUGACGCUUCACCCUCCGCCGCUCCUAUUUAUACCCAGUCCCGUGCGCUCCCAUUGGUCGUCAGAGUGCUGGCCCCGCCCCCGGCCAUACCAGCUCGGAGGCGGGAGGGAAUCGCGCUUCAAAUGUGACACAGGAGACGAGCGCAGUCAGUGUACAGGACUGCCGUAUUUCACGAGCACUGCACGGCGCCGCCACACCGCAUAACGGCGGACGGUGGAGUGAAAGCGUACGGUUCUCCGGUCUAGUAUAGGCAGGCAGUUUAUUGACAAGAUGAUGAGGCAAUAAAGUUUAAUUGAAAGUAAAAAAAAAAAAAAAAGAAAAAAAAGUGUGCUUGUCCCUUUGUUGUGCUGAGCGCUCUCCUCUGCUGGGGGGGGCGUGGUCAUAGAGAGGAAGGGGACGGGACCAGAGGGGGUCCCCGGGCGCGGAGCAUUGUGGGAUAUGGGCUCCAGUCGGGAGGAGGAGGAGCCUUAGUACCGGGGGCGCCUGGUGUAUCUGUGGUUGUCCCUGUAUCCGCCUGUGGCCGCCGCUCCCCGGGAGGCUGAGCCCGUCCUAGUUGCGGGGGGAGGGGUUCUCCUCUCUCUCCUCCGCUCCCGCCCCCUUCCUCCGCUUCCCCCUCCCCUCCAUACUCCAAGAUGGCGGAGGCUGGUGCGGAGGAGGCUCCGGCGGCGCCAGCGGACUUGGCUCCCGCUCCUGUUCCCGGCGGCAGCUCCUCGGUCGGGUCAUGGCCGGAUUUCGCGGUGGUGUGUUCGUUUCUGGAGCGGUACGGGGCCGCGCUGGACCUGCCCGAGCUAACGUUUCCGGAGCUGGAAGAAGCGCUGGAGGAGACCGGAGCAGUGUCCCGGGCGCUGGUAGAGCUCCACUUAAAGCUCAUGAGAAAAAUUGGAAAGUCGGUCACAUUCGACAGAUGGGAGAAAUACCUGGUCAGGAUCUGUCAGGACUACAACAGCACAUGGGCCUGGGAGAUGGAGAAGAAGGGCUACCUGGAGAUGGGCGUGGAGUGUAAAGUGGGCAUACUGAAGCACCUAUGUGAGUGUCAGUUUGAUGACAAUCUGAAGUUUAAAAACGCAAUCAAUGAAGAGGACGCAGACGCCAUGCGGGUCCAGCCCAUAGGGCGAGAUAAAGAUGGCUUAAUGUACUGGUAUCAACUGGAUCAGGACCAUAACAUCCGAGUGUACAUCGAGGAGCAGGAUGACCAGGAUGGAUCCUCAUGGAAGUGCAUAGUCAGGACUAGAAAUGAGUUGGCUGAGAUCCUGGAACUUCUGAAAGCACAAAUAGACCCUGCAUUACUGAAGAAAUCUGAGCCAGAAGAAGAUUCAUCUCAAAAUCCCAAUCCAGAUGGCGAUGAUAUUAAGAAGGAAGAGAAUGGGGAGAAAACUACCGAGGAUGUUGAAAUGAAAGAGGAGAAGCUGGAUGUGGUCAAUAAGCAAGAGAGUGACUGCCCAACUGAGAACGGCAGUAAUUGCAAAAGCGAUGGCGAGCGACCCUGUGAAAUAAAAGUCGAGCCUCCCUCAGGCACAGAAGAUGAGAAACAAUCUUCCAAGGAUAAAGACUCCUUCAAGGAGAACAUAAAGCCUGAGAAAACUGAGCUAAAAGACUUAAAGGAACCCAAAGGGAGCUCAGAGAAAACCCCUUCACCCCAAGACCCAGAGCGUGCGGAGGUUUCUGUCAUCGUGAAGCGAACAGAAGAACAUGUAGAAAAACCUGUGGAGGACACGGGGAAAAUGAAGAAUGACCACCAGGCUAAGAUCCCAUUGAAGAAACGGGAACUCAAACUAACGGACGACUUUGACGGUCCAGUGAAAUCGGCGAUCUGCAAGUCAAAAACGCCAACGAAAGAGCUGCUUCAGAAGGAGGAGGGGAAGAUAGAAGACGACGGUACAAAAGCUGCUGAUGGGAAACAACUGGUCAACGGGGAAUUGAACAGUGAUAAAGUACACAAAGCAAAGGUAGACCACGCGGAGGACACUGCCACUGCUCCAAGAGAGUCCGUUAUUGAGUGCACGAAGGACGAAAAUGGUAUUACAAAUGAGAAGAGAAACUCAAGUGUUAUUAAAAGUUUACAAGAAGUUAAGGAGAAAGGAGAAACUAAGGUUAUAGAUGCAUUGGAGAAAAGUGCGACUGACCUCAGCAAUGACCGUAGUUCACCACCAGUGCAAGAAUCCUCCCAGAAAACAUCCGCCGCCGUAAAGAAGUCGGAAGUCGACUCAAGCAAAAGCGAUGCAGUAACAAAGGCUGAUAAGAAAGCGGAGAAGACCAUGAAAGAAAAGCCACCUCAAGACGAGGCAGAGAAAGACGCAAGUCAUUCAGAGACCACCAAGGAGCCUGAGGCCGUGGCGGAGAUCGUAUCGGCUGAGAGCAAGGAAGUGUCGCAGACCACAGAGCAAAGUGUUUCCAAUGAGAAAGCGGAAGAGCUCAGAGAUGAAGGCGCCAAAACGGAGUCGGAAUCCAAGGAGAAAGAUGGAAAAAAUAAAGCAACGAGAGCAAAAUUACCAGCAUCAAAAAAAUCUGUCACCAGGAAUUCUGCAGCCAAGAAGGAGAAAUCUGAUGUAGAUCCAGAGGAACCAGACAAUGGCGUAAAAGAGGAGCCAGAGCCGGCUGAGAAAGAGGAGACCGAGGGAAAGCACACGCCGGUCAUAAAGGAGAAGAAAACAUUUCCUUUAAGAAGCAAGCGUAAGACUGCUGUGAAGGAGAGCGAGUCUUCUGAGACGAAGGAUGAACGUGAUGAUCAGAAAGCGGAGGCCGCGGAAGGCGAUCAGGAGAAGACUUCAGUAAAACCAUCGUCCGUCUCCAGAAGUAAGAAUAAGCUAAAGGCCAUUACAGAAGAGGAGAACAGUGGCUCCGAGGGUAAGGAGAUGACUUCAGAACGGCAGAAGGAUGGCAUAAAACUCACCAUCCGGAUCUCCAACAAGAGGAGGAGGCCGGAGCUGCCUGUGGAGAAUGUGGUGGUGGAGGACGUGGAGGAGGAGAACAUUGGCAGGAGGCUGCGGAGGUCUCCUCGGAUCUCCCGACCGUCUGCGAAGGAGGUGGAGGUUAAACCCCGUAAACCUGAGAAGAAAGAAAGCGACGAUGAAGAAUCGCUGCCUCCUGCCAAACCGGAAAAGGAGGAGAAGAAAUCUGAAAAAGAGCCAAGUCAGCAAACAAAGAAGAAGUCCAAACCAAGGAGGAGGGCCCGCUGGACCAACACCCGAUCUCGACGCAAACGUAAAUCCUCCAGUGAAGAGGAAACGGAGGAGUCCGAUAGCGAGGAGGAUUCUGAAGAGGGUUCAGAAGAGGAGAAGGAGGAAGGUGCCCAAGCGGAAGACGAUCCGUGUAAGAAAUGUGGCCUUCCCAACCACCCCGAGUUGAUUCUGCUGUGUGACUCCUGUGAUAGCGGAUACCAUACAGCUUGUCUCCGGCCGCCUCUCAUGCUUAUUCCUGAUGGAGAAUGGUUUUGCCCGCCGUGCCAACAUAAAUUGCUUUGUGAGAAGCUUGAGGAGCAGUUACAGAAUCUAGAUGUUGUCCUAAAGAAGAAAGAGCGAGCCGAGAGGAGGAAAGAGAGAUUGGUUUACGUCGGAAUCAGUAUUGAGAACAUCAUCCCUAGUCAGGAACAGGAGGAGGAGACGGUGGUACCAGAGAAGGAGGAAAAGAAGAAGAAAAAGGCCAAACCCUUGGAGAGGAGAUCGACGAGAACCCGGAAGUUUAUCAGUUACAGGUUUGAUGAAUUUGAUGAAGCGAUAGAUGAAGCGAUUGAGGAUGACAUCAGGGAUGCAGAUGGAGGAGGUGGUGGCGGUGGUGGCGGCAGAGGAAAGGACAUGUCUAACAUCACUGGCCACCGAGGCAAAGACAUAUCCACCAUCUUGGAAGGAGAAAGGGAAGAAGGAAAACGUCCUCAAAGGGCCGUCACACGGCGCAAGAAGCGGCGGCGAUUAAAUGACCUAGACAGUGAUAGCAACAUGGACGAAGAGGAGAGCGAGGACGAGUUCCGGAUCAGUGAGGGAUCUCAAGAGGAAUUUGUUGUGUCUGAAAACGUAGAAGAAAGCGAAGAUCUGCCGUCUAAUGACAGUGAUUUUGGUGCUCGCCGACCGCGCCGGCACUACAGCCGACCAGUGAGGCAAAGUAGGCGGAUAAAGAGGCGUAGUGUCCGGAGGAGGUACUCGGAUGAUGACGAAGAUGACGAUGAUGAAUCUGAUGAUGAAAGUCAAGCAACUGAGACGGAUAACAGUAGUGACUACAGUGAUGACUACCUGGACACCCGGAGGAGGAGAUCGCGGCGGAAUCAGAAGCGGCAAGUCAACUACAAGGAGGACGAUUCAGACAGUGAUGGUUCACGGAAGCGGGGUGCUCGACAUGGACGGGGGAAAGAAAUGAGACGAGUCCUCAAGAGAAGAUUCUCCACUUCUGAGAGCAAUGAGAGUGAUGCUUCCCGAUCCUCGGAGGAAAAGCCUCGAAACGUGCGGAAGAACCUUUUAAGGAAACGUAUUAGAAGCUCCGACGAAGAACCUUCUGAUGAAGAGGAGGAAGAGAAACCAGUCAGAAAGCGGUUAAACCGCAUCGAGACGGAUGACGAGGAUGAAGAGGAAGGAGACUCCAAGGUGUGCAGCAGCGACAAGCCUCCUCCGUCAGAGGAGAAGCCGCCCGUGCCCAGUCCUGCCCCCACCGCCGCCACCGCACCCCCGGAAGGCACCAAGAAGCCUUCUUACCGGAUAGAGAGUGACGAUGAGGAUGACUUUGAAACCGUUACAAAAGACGGGAGCCCGUUGGACUACAGCUUGGUGGAUUUACCUUCCGCUAAUGGACAAAGCCCGGAAAAAUCUAUCGAGACUUUAAUCGGGAAACCGAGCGAAAAAAGCGAAACCACAAAGGACAUUUCAGCCCCCGUCAGCCAGGCUUCCAACGGGACGGGGGGCAGUCAGGAGGCGGCGGGGGCCGAGGAGGAUGAGGACGAACUCUUGAGAGUAACUGACCUUGUGGAUUAUGUCUGUAACAGUGAACAGUUAUAAGAUUUCCACCUCUUCCAUUUUUUCGUGCUAAUUUAUUCCACCAUAGCUCAUCCCAGCCGGGCCAAGUGACGAAUAAUUUGCGGUUUUAUUCCAACCCUCUUCACUACAAAUUUUACCUUUUUUUUUUUUUUUUUCUAGAAGCGAUAAACUUUGACCAGUUCUGCAGUCUUUCUGUGAAGUGACCAGUUUAUGAAUUUUCCAAAAAAAAAAAAAAAAAGAAAAUUUUUCUGUACAUUAUUUCUUUUCAUUUUUAUUUUUAUUUUUUAAAUUUUCUCUCAUUACAUUUGUUGUGGUCAUGGGUAAUUUCACUGACUGAAACCAUUGGAAACGACAAG